AUUUUCAAAGUGAUGAUUAUUUAAUGAACUUGUUCUUUCCCAUCAUUCUCAGAGAUCCAGCUGAAACCCUCCAUUCUCUUCCCUCCCAGAAUGGAUGCAAGAAGAGUUUCUUCUUGUUCUUCAGCUUCCAUGAUUCUUCUUUUUCUUGUAGCUACCCUUGCUGCUUAUAGUCAUUCAUCAGAAGCAGCAGUGACCAAGGGAUCUUUUGAGGAUAAUUUCAGCAUAAUGUGGUCUGAGAAUCACUUUACAACUUCUACAGAUGGACAGAUCUGGAAUCUCGCCCUAGACAAUGACACAGGAUGUGGAUUUCAAACAAAACAAAGGUACAGAUUUGGGUGGUUCAGUAUGAAGCUGAAGUUGGUUGCAGGUGACUCUGCUGGUGUUGUCACAGCUUAUUAUAUGUGCUCGGAAAAUGGAGCAGGGCCAGAGAGAGAUGAGCUUGAUUUUGAGUUUUUGGGAAACAGAACAGGGGAACCUUAUUUGAUUCAGACAAAUGUGUACAAGAAUGGGAAUGGUUCGCGUGAGAUGAGGCAUGUGCUGUGGUUUGAUCCCACUGAGGACUAUCACACCUAUUCUGUUCUCUGGAACAACCACCAGAUAGUGUUUUUUGUGGAUAAAGUUCCCAUCAGGGUGUUCAAGAACAAUGGGAAACCAAACAAUUUCUUCCCCAAUGAGAAACCUAUGUUCCUGUUUUCCAGCAUAUGGAAUGCAGAUGACUGGGCCACAAGAGGUGGACUUGAGAAGACAAACUGGAAACUAGCACCAUUUGUGUCAUCCUACAAGGACUUCAGUGUGGAUGCUUGUCAAUGGGAAGAUCCAUUCCCUGCAUGUGUCUCAACCACAACCAAAUAUUGGUGGGAUCAAUAUAAUGCUUGGCACCUCUCAGAUGAUCAGAAAACUGAUUAUGCUUGGGUUCAGAGGAACCUUGUCAUCUAUGACUAUUGCAAGGAUACUGAACGUUUUACAACCAUGCCUGAGGAGUGUUCAUUGAGUCCAUGGGCAUAAAUAAUGUCAAAAGAGAGAAAGUCCUAGUUCUUUUAUUUUUGUCCAAAGUCCUUGUUCUUUGAAGUAUGUAUAAAAAGCAAUUCUUGUUCUUUUAAAUAUCUCCUUUUUGCUCAUAAAUUUUUCUUAGUCAGCAAGAGAUUUUCCCCCUCACUAUAAUUUCAUUGUGGUACUCAUUAACAAGAGUAUCAUUAAAUGUUUGGUUUA